UUUUAAAUUUGCUUUCCACUUUUGCCCCCUUGUUACCCAUCAGCUGAGAUAAGGAAAAGUUGUUAAAUUUGACCCUACCAUCGGAUUCUCUUUCUUUUCUGGGAGGAUACCUGUAAUACGCGUUGCGAUCUCGUCGACCCAAACCAAACAAUGGCAAGUCUUUAUAGAGGACCAUCUAGAAGAGAGAAACAAAGAACUCGUCAUCAUGGAUUAACUAAUCCAAAGAAGCAAGAGAUUAAGGAAGCAUUUGAGCUAUUUGACACGGAUGGCUCAGGAACUAUUGAUGCAAAAGAGCUAAAUGUUGCCAUGAGGGCUCUUGGUUUUGAGAUGAAUGAAGAGCAAAUUAAGCAAAUGAUUGCAGAUGUUGAUAAGGAUGGAAGUGGUGCGAUUGAUUUUGAUGAAUUUGUGCAUAUGAUGACCACUAAGAUUGGAGAAAGAGACUCUAAGGAAGAGCUCAUGAAGGCAUUCCACAUCAUUGACCAAGAUAACAAUGGAAAGAUAUCAGUAGCAGACAUUAAGAAAAUUGCAAAGGAACUUGAUUUGAACUUCACUGAGCAAGAGAUAAAUGAGAUGGUCGAGGAAGCUGACAAAGACCAUGAUGGAGAAGUGGGUAUCGAUGACUUCAUAAGGAUGAUGAAGAAAACCACAUACGGGCACUAGAGCCUCUGCAGAGUGUUGGAGAAAGGAUCAUGCUGUAGCUGUAAUCUUUUUGUAUAAAUU